ACAGAACAAGCAAUCAAAAAUGGCUACUACUUUGAAACCAGAAACUUUGCAAAAGAAGGCUAAGGCCCAACAAAAGACCGCUGAAGAACGUGCUGCUGCCAAGAAGGCCAGAAGAGCUGCUUCUAAGGAAAAGAGACAAGCUAUCUUUGACAGAGCUGCUGCUUACCAAAAGGAAUACACCGAAGCUGAACGUUCCGUCAUUGCUGCUAAGAGAGAUGCCAAGGCUGCUGGUUCUUACUACGUUGAUGCUCAACCAAAGUUGGUUUUCAUCAUCAGAAUCAAGGGUAUUAUGAAGAUCCCACCUAAGCCAAGAAAGGUUUUGCAAUUAUUGAGAUUGACUCAAAUUAACGCCGGUGUUUUCGUUAGAUUAACCAAGGCUACCCAAGAAUUGAUCAAGUUGGCUGAACCAUACAUUGCUUACGGUUACCCAUCUUUAGCUACCAUCAGACAAUUAGUCUACAAGAGAGGAUUCGGUAAGGUUAACAAGCAAAGAAUUGCUUUAUCCGACAACUCUAUCAUUGAAGCUAACUUAGGUAAAUUCAACAUCUUAUCUAUUGAAGAUUUGAUUCACGAAAUUUACACUGUUGGUCCAAACUUCAAGCAAGUUAACAACUUCUUGUGGCCAUUCAAGUUAUCUAACCCUAACGGUGGUUUCAGAACCAGAAAGUUCGAACACUUUAUCCAAGGGGGUGACACCGGUAACAGAGAAGAAUUCAUUAACGCUUUAGUUAAGCAAAUGAACUAAGUUAAUUAGUGAAUUUAUUCAUUUCUUUACCACAAUUGAAAAGGUUAUUGUUUGAGUAUUAAUUUAUUGUAUAUCAUCUAUAAUAAAAUGGUAAUCUUUUGAACUGUUCUUUUCUUUAUGUAUUUUAAUUUAAUGGGGUUUUUAUUUUGAAGUAUUACUAUAUUAAACUUAGCUAUACAGUAUGUUCCCUUUACUACCAAUCCGUAAAUCUAUAAAUAAGCUCUUCUAGCCACAUUAUUCCCCUCCAAUUGUCAAAGAAUGAACUUCUUGUUAACCAACCACCAUUGAAAUUAUAAUCAUCAUAUACAUAUUGUGCAGUUUCACACUCACCCUUUGAUCUAAUAAAAGCCAUAAUAACAUAAAAUAUUAGCUGUAGUAUAUUCCCCACCAAACAAGCAGCAAAAAUCAAUGCAAUUAUAUUCAAUAUAAACAUUUUUACAUCUUUAUUCUCGUGCUUGUAUUGAAGAUAAUAAAGAUACUGUUUAACAAAGGGAAGAUUCAUUAAAAAUCCUUUAAGCUUAGUAUCUCCAGUUGAACCAACUGGCAAGUUUUUCUGUAGGUUUUCAAAGAUCUGAUCUUGGUGAUUUAGGGUCUUUUUGAUUUCAUUCAAUUCUUUGAAAUUCUCGGCUUCCUUCUUCUCGAGAUCACUGAUGUUUUCUCUAUACUCUUCACACACUUGUUCCAAACUUUUAAUUACCAAAUCACGAUCCUUUAAUUUGGUCAAUAGGUUUCUUGUGGCGCGUUCACCGGGAAUCUUUGAUAAUUGUGAUUCCAAGGAACGAACAUGAUUCUUUAGCACCGAAAGCUCAUUAUCCAAUUUCCUUAUAGAUUUCUCUUGCUCUCUAUU